UUUCUCCCCCUUGACUUAAAUCUCAGAAUUUUCUUUUUAUCUCUCUCCUCAUUAUAGUAUUUCCCUCCUUUUCCAAUGACUCAUCAGCACAACACCUUGGGCUCACCCUGCAUCAGUCAUCUGAGGAGGCAGCGAGUCUCUCCAAUUUAUCAUGACAGCUUCAUCUCAUUCUACCUCAGCUUCCAGAUGUUCAUAUUGGUUGCAGGAUCAUUCCAAGUCCAGGGCCCCCAUGAACCCAUGGUGGCCAUGCUGGGUGGUGAAGCUGAGCUGCCCUGCAGCCUUGAGCCUCAUCAAAAUAUUAAAUAUAUGAAAAUAAGCUGGACCAGAACCUUACCCUCCCAGGUGGUGCACCUGUAUGAGGAUGGGCGGGACAAGCCUGAGAAAGCCAUGGAAGAGUAUUUAGGGAGGACAAAGCUUGUGAAAAAUGCCAUGCAUAAGGGGAUCGUGAUCCUGAGAAUCCUCAAUGUCCAAACCUCUGACAGUGGGCAGUAUCGCUGUGUGAUCCAACAUGGCUCCUUCUACAGUGAUGCAGUGAUUGAGCUGAAAGUGGCAGCUCUCGGCUCACGUCCUCAAUUCCACAUGGAAGUCACUAAAUCUUGGGAACUCCUAUUAGUGUGCAAGUCAGAGGGCUGGUUCCCUCAGCCAAAGGUCCAGUGGAUGGACUCUGAGGGAGGAGAAAUUCCAGCUGAGUCUAAGACUCACACCCAGGACAAAGCCGGCUUGUUCCAUGUAACAACAUCACUGUUACUCAGAGAAGCUUCUCAGAAGAAUCUGACAUGUUCUGUCUGGGACCCAGUUCUAAAUCAAAAAAAGGAAGAGCAGUUCUUCAUAGCAGGUCAGUUUUUCUCUCCCCUCACUGUGCCCACAAAAUGGGCCUGAUGCUCACACCCAUGGUGGUGGCAGCUCUAAGCAUAUCAGCUCAGUUCUGCUCUCUUCAUCAUGCCUACACCAGUCUCCCUGCCAGGAUCCAACUUCCCUCCACUUUUUCUGCC